AUGUUCUGUGCUCCAUUUCUAGCAAUACUCGCCCUCCAGGUCAGCCGUGUUUUGGCUGUGACAACAACAAUACCACCCAACGUUCAAGGAUAUUAUUGGGAUUCAGAGGACAGUACCUGGUCGGAUGUAACUUGCUAUCCCGGACAAACCUACGUCAGUUCGAGCAGCUUCGCAAGAUGCUGUUCACACAUUACCAACUCUGGCUGUGUCUUUCCGACAAAUUGUGCUGGCGACAAGGUUCUUUUUGAUGAUGGUGGUAUUGCUGAUGGCAGCUGUGCUAAGGGCUCAUACUGUGUAUUCAUGACUAUCUACGAGUCUGCCACCACCGACCCAGGAGUAACAGAUUAUUUCUGUUGGACUAACAGCAAUCACUGGACUGCAUCUACCAUAUUCCGAAAUACCGAUGCUGUUACUGCCACACCGAGGACAUCUACCACGCCAUCAACUGCAACCGCCACAACGAGGACAUCUGUCGCCCCCACACCCACCUCUACUGAGGACACCACACAGGGCUCUGAAAGCUCUGGGAGCAAAGCGUGGAUUGCUGGUGCAGUGGUUGGUCCCGUUGCAGGCUGCGCGAUAAUCGCAGCCCUAGCCUUCUGGUGUAUUCGCCGUUCCCGCGCAAAGAAACAAGGCACUGUAUCAGGCAACGAGGCGUUUUUGCCUCCGUCAAGCAUGGCUGCCAAUACGACAGGCGCACAAUUCGUAAUCCCUAGCGAGCUUGAUGGUGCGCGCAAACCACAGGAACUAGAUGGGGUGCAUUCCACAUCAGAACUUCCUGCGCCCGUGGAACCCGCGAAUAGAACCCAUUAA